GCGAGCGGGCGGGCUUAAAAGGCGACCGAGAACCCCCAGUUUGACCGGGAAAGAAAGCAGCGGAUCGAUCGAAGCAGCCACUACCGUCCCUCCACCACCACCACCUCCUCCACCACCUCCCCCUCCACCCACCUCCACGAAGCCAGCCGGGAGCGGCCGACGGCGACAUGUGGGAAGGGGGCGUGCACGGGAGCCACCAGGACGCCGCCCGCCUGCUGCCCCCCUGGCUCGGAGGCGGCCCGGCCGCGUUCGCCGACCCCGUCGGCGCCGCGGUUGGGGCCGGGUUCGGCGGCUACGCGUGCGACGUUGUGGGGCAAGCAGGCGGGGUGUUCGGGUUCGGGUUCGAGGCGGCCGUCGUCGCGGCGCAGCAGCAGCAUCAGCAGCAGCGCGCGGCGGAGGCUGCGGCGGCGGCGGCCGGGGGCAGCAAGGCCGUCGUGUCCGGGCUGCUCGGGAGCCUGCAGGCGGAGCUGGGCCGGAUGAACGCCGGGGAGAUCAUGGACGCCAAGGCGCUGGCCGCCUCGCGGAGCCACAGCGAGGCCGAGCGCCGCCGCCGGCAGCGGAUCAACGGGCACCUCGCCAGGCUCCGCAGCCUCCUCCCCAACACCACCAAGACGGACAAGGCGUCGCUGCUUGCCGAGGUGCUGGAGCAUGUGAAGGAGCUGAAGCGGCAGACGUCGGCGAUGACGAUGAUGGCGGCUGCCGUCGGGGGCGGCGAGGAUGACGACGCGGCGCCGGUGCAGAUGCUGCCGACGGAGGCCGACGAGCUGGGCGUCGACGCGGCGGAGGACGGGGAUGGGCGGCUCGUGGUGCGGGCGUCGCUGUGCUGCGAGGACCGCCCGGACCUCAUCCCCGACAUCAUCCGGGCGCUCGCGGCACUCCGGCUACGCGCGCACCGGGCGGAGAUCACCACGCUGGGCGGGCGCGUCCGGAGCGUGCUCCUCAUCACGGCGGAGGAGGGUGAGGAGGGCGCUGACGAGGGCGGUGACGGUAUCGACGAGGAGUGCGCCGCAUCUCACCGGAGGCACGAGUGCAUCGCGUCGGUCCAGGAGGCGCUGCGCGGCGUCAUGGACCGCAGGGCGGCGUGCAGCAACGACACGUCGUCGUCCGGCGGUGGCGGCGGGAGCAUCAAGAGGCAGCGCAUGAACUACGGGGCGCAUGAGCAGUGCUCGGUUUAGCCCCGCGCCGGCAUUAUCCAAGAUCGCAAGAGCUGCAUGCACUGCGCAUGCACCUUGGCGAUUAGCGUAGCUAGCUAAAGUUUUAGUCGUCGCAAGCUUUGGGGUGUGGUCCUUUGGGUAUAAUGGUGUGCAUGAUGGGGUAAAAACGUGAAACUGCAAGAGAGGGAGAGUUUUAUGCAUCCCUUUUAUGUUCUUGUGCAUGGAUGCAUGGAUGCUACGCAAAUGUAUACCUUGGCAGAGGGGGGUGAGAGCUCUUUCAGGUCAGCCUUCAUACGGGGAGGGUGACUGUGGGUGUACAAAUGUGCUAUCUCUGGGGUAUAAUGGAAGGUGGUAUUGGCUUACA